AUGGCUGGAGUUCGACAAAACACGACGGCUGUCCGUUCACAAGAUGAUCAAAUGGUGGGCUAUUUUUUUCAAAGGACUCAAACAGACGAAUUAAGUGGAUAUACGAAUAAAAGAUGGGCUGUAGGAGAUGACAGUGUUAUUGAACAGGCCCCUAGAGGUAUGACAGUUCAAGAUUUGGAGCGAGAUUUCCAUGGACUUUCAAUGUCCAAUCGUGAGGUACCUGUUAAUCCUAAUAAGAAGAUUUGGGAUGUCGGGGGUGAAGAAGGCAAGGGAGGGGAUGCUAGUAAAGCUGGAUUAUUUCAGCCCCCACACUGGACAACAAGAGAUGAUGGGUGGAGCGGUGUUCCCCCACCCCCAGGAAAAUUACCCCCUCCCCACAUGAUGCCACCUAUGAAAUAUCCUGGUGGACCAAUGGCUGAUGGACCAGUUGGUAUAGAUAUGGUAGAAUAUGUUUUAGGACGUUCACCUAAUACAAGUAAAGAUAUGGUAGAUAAUCGUCUCACUAGAAUCAAACCAGGAUCUUAUAAUGUACAGGCAGUAGAGGGAGGGGAUGCCUCAGCCCCAGGGGGAGAGAAGAAGAGUCAGACCUCGUCCCCGUUUGAUGGUGAAGGAGAUAGAGGAGAGGAGAAUAAAGUAGAACAGAAUGGUAUAUUACAGAAUGGACUAGAAGAGAAUACAGGAUUUAGAGGGAGUCGUCAGAAUUCACCAACAGGAGAAGAUGUUAAAUAUCAAGAAAUGAAGAUGAAACAAGAAGGAGAUUUUUUCGAGAACCAGGCCUUUCACCCUCAACAAGGGGGAGGUAACUUUCAGUUUGAUUCUCAACAGUUUGAACCAAUGGGAAUUGAUCCUGUACAGUUUGAUUAUGGUAAUCAGAUGAUCCCCUCAAUGGAUAGUCCCAACUUUAAUAAUAUGGACUAUAAUCAGCAAUUACAAAGACAACAGCAACCAAUAGCAGUUUUAACACAACAGCAAUAUGCUCUGGCUACACAACAACAACUGGGAUUAAAUCCUUCCAGUUCUACCAAUACUCAGUAUCUCAUUGGUGCCCAAGACCCAUACACUGUUGGUAUUCCUUUAUCAGGUUAG